UCUCUUCGAUACGGUGAGUGCACAGUCCCCAUCCAAAAAUGGAAAAAUUUACAUUUUGUUGAGCUAUUUAUUUAGUCUUCAAAAUAUCGCCCCGGCCUUUCUUGUCAGGAUCUGAAGCUGACUCCUUAUGGCUACCACUUCCAAUGUGCGGUCCCCAACGGCCCCACUCUCCGGCGAAGUCAUUAUCUCCGAUCAUAAACCAACGCCACCGGUUCGAAUCUCGCAAUUUCCUUUGAAGCGCCCUCGUUUAACCGCUGUUUUCGCUUCCCUCCACUACGACAACAGCGACGGAAGCAAUAAGAUUAAGAAGGCCGUCGGGUUGGAGAAGCUUUUAGUCGAUUCACCUUACGACGUCGUCUCCAAGGACUCCCCUUUGCAUCCCAAGCCACUUACGUCAACUCAGUUCUCUAAUCCCGUCUCUGAUGGCUCUCGCCUUCGCGUUGCAUAUCAGGGAGUUCGUGGAGCCUAUAGCGAAGCAGCAGCUGAGAAGGCCUAUCCGAAUUGUGAAGCUGUUCCUUGUGAUCAAUUUGAUGCUGCUUUUCAAGCAGUUGAAAAGUGGAUAGUAGAUAGAGCAGUAUUACCAAUUGAGAAUUCCUUAGGUGGUAGUAUUCAUAGGAAUUAUGAUCUCUUGCUUCGUCAUAGCUUGCAUAUUGUUGGGGAAGUUAAGCUUGCUGUUCGUCAUUGUUUAAUAGCCAAUCAUGGUGUUAAAGUCGAGGACUUGAAAAGGGUUCUUAGUCAUCCUCAGGCUCUAGCUCAGUGUGAGAACACAUUAACAAAGAUAGGCUUGAGUAGAGAAUCAGUUGAUGAUACUGCCCUUGCAGCAAAGUAUGUGGCUUUCCACAAACUAAAAGAUACAGGAGCUGUUGCAAGUUGUUCGGCUGCAAAGAUAUAUGGACUGAACAUUCUUGCCCAAGAUAUUCAGGAUUAUUGUGAUAAUGUUACUCGAUUUCUAAUGCUGGCCAGGGAACCCAUUAUUCCUGGCAUGGAGAAGCCAUUCAAGACGAGUAUAGUUUUCUCAUUAGAGGAGGGUGCUGGUGUGCUUUUCAAGGCACUUGCUGUUUUUGCUCUUCGGCAGAUUAACCUUACAAAGAUUGAAAGUCGUCCCUUGAGGAACCAGCCUUUACGAGCAUCUGAUGAUAGCAACAAUGGUUCAAAAUACUUUGACUACCUUUUCUAUGUGGACUUCGAUGCAUCAAUGGCUGAAGAGAGAGCGCAGAAUGCCCUAACACAUCUAAAGGAGUUUGCAACUUUCUUGCGAGUUCUAGGGAGUUAUCCAGUGGAUACUACCAUGAUAUGAACAAGUUGUUGAUCAUGAACUCGAUAUGAAGUGUCAAUAUGUUUACAUGGAUCAAAAUUUUACAUUGCACAUUACAUAAGGUGGCUUUUUUUAAUAUAAGAAAACAGAUGUUGAAUCGGCUUUCAUUUUGCUGCUAUUGAUAGCAAAGCCACUGAGCUGUGGAGGAAUGGUGAUACAUUCCUACUCUGGCUGUACAGCCUAUAAUUUUCCAUUUUGUGAUUAAGCAAUAGAAGUUUUUUUUUUUUUUUUUUUGGUCUAAGUGGGUAUACUUAGUUAUUGUUUUCAUUCUUGUCCUUUCUUCUGAAAACUGCUUUGAGGUUACACAAUUAUUUGAUUUCUUUCGUGCAUGAAGUCUGAAUUUAAGUGUGUUUGAGUGUGUGCCCAUAUGAGAGAGUUGCGACAGAAUUAUAAUAUAUACACGUUUAUUUUAAAUUAAUGGCUU